ACUUUGUACGUCGAUAAACAGUUUGUUUUUUCAAUUUCGUGUUGGUGGUGGCGUGUGGAUGUUGUGAACGUAAGGGUUUAAAGAGAUAUCUUGUAAAUAUUAGUUUUUGACUUUUAAAACACCCUAAUAAUGUCUAUGCUUGCGGAGAGGCGUACGAAAAAGAAGUGGUGUCUCAACCCUAAUGGCAAAGACUGGAGUAACGAUAAUAAUAAAUUUGGUCAACGAAUGUUGGAGAAGAUGGGAUGGAAGAAAGGAUGUGGUCUUGGAGUAAACUUGCAGGGGAUGAAAGAACACAUCAAAGUGUCGACCAAGAAUGACACCAAAGGUUUAGGGUGUAAAAAUAGUAGUGACAAUGAGUGGAUCCAUCACCAACAGAAUUUUGAAAGUUUGCUAUCGGAGCUCGCAAGUUCCACAUGUGAAGAAAUUAGACCGCCUGGAACAUCAGAAACUAAGCCUGUUUCAUUGGAAGAAAAAUCGAAGAAAUCCCGAGCCAGGGUGCAUUACCAGAAGUUUACAAGGGGAAAGGAUGUCAGUCGAUAUAGUGCUAAUGACCUGGCUUGUAUAUUUGGAAAGAAGUACAGUUCUGUUAACAGUAAAUCAUCUGAGAUACAGUAUUCAUACCACACUAAUACAAUAAACAUCUCCAAAGCUGAUUCAGAGGAUGGCGUGAUUUCUGCUGAACAUACAGUUGGGCAGAGUUUAAAUGUAUGUGAAGAAAAAACUAUUGAUGACUGUUUAUCCUCACAUUUGCCCAAGCAUAGGGUAAAAGGUGAACCUGGGUCUUACAGGCAUGAGGAUAAAGAUGAGCAAGAGAAGCAGAACGAUAUUUUGAAAGAAAUUUCAAAUGUGAAUGAAAAUUCUGUUACAGGUAUGGAUAUAGUUCAGGAGUGUAAAAGUGAAAUGGAAGGUAAUUCUGCCAGUCAUUCUUCGUCAGAAUCUUUAGAAAAGAUCAGGUUUAAAAGAAAGAGGAAACAUGCAAAAGAUUCACAAAACAACCAACAAGUCUUUACAGCGACCAUGAUUUCAAGCUCACAAAUUGGAGUGAGUGAAUGUGAUACUGUGGCCCAUGAGGGUGAGGAAAUGGAUAAAAAUGAGGAGGACAAGAAAAAAAAGAAAAAGAAGCAUGACAAGAAAAACGAACCAAUGGUAGAACACGAGAGUGACAAAGAAGGCAGUAAAAUAUUGAUAGAAGAACUUAUGGAAGUUACGUCAGAUGCUGAAGAAAUUGGAAACAAAGAUCCUGAAAAUGCCAAUAUGGUUAGUGAAGCUGACACUAGAGGCUCUAAGAUCAAGGUAAAAAAAGUGGGUAAGCCACAUAAAACUCAGAUUUCUGAAGGACAUAAAGGGCCCCCUGAAAUGAAGAAAAGAAAGAAAAAGAAAAUGUGUUCACAGUCUCUUAAUGAAUCAGAUGUAGUGGAGAACAUUACAUCUGAGAUUGUCAGUCCAUCAUCUCCAGACAACAGAGCUGGGGUCAAUAAUUUUCAGAGAUCAAUAGGUUUCUUCAGUGAAUCAAUUCCUUCUUACAAAGAAGAGCCCCAUCAGUAUGACAUCAAGAGUGCUUUGAAGCCUAGAAAGCCCAUUAAGAAACAUCACAGUAAAAGCAUGGAUUUUGGUUUCAAAGGUUCUAAUUUGGAUAGAAUCUCGGGAUAUGGGAGUUUGAGUGUAGCCUGAAAACAUGCUAAUAAAAAAAAAAAAAAAAUAAAAAAAAAAAUAAAAUAAAAUAUAUUGCAACAAGUGUCAGAGUAAACUAAAUAGUCUACCUAAAUACUAAAACUCUUGGUUCCUGUUUGCAAGUGGUGAUACACUCAUGAUCUCAGUUUGCUGGUUGACAAACAGUGAAAUGUGACACACUGAUCAACCUGGAUAUUGUAUUUUAAAUUUUAUGUAAAUUCUGAACUAUAUCUUUUGCAUUGUAAUAAAAGUGUAUAUUUUACACAUAAAA